AGUUGUCUCUGAACCAAAUUUAGUUACUUUAAGUUCAUACAUCUAGCAUUAUAGUGGAUAACUAAAUUAUCAAAAUGACGGUGGACAUCAAUAAUGCAGAAUUAACAAAAAUGGCUCUACAAAGAGACAAGAAAGAAGUUGAAUUAGUCGUGACUUCUCCUAGCUCAGAGCAAAUUAAGUUCUCCAUAUCACUGGACCAAACAGUCCAUGACAUUAAGAUGACUCUGAUGGACAAUCCAAGUACCUGCUGCAUAACCUGCUAUCACCUGGAAUACUUGAAUGAGCCAAUAGAAGAUGAAAGGUUGGGAAUACGCGAAUUUUUACAAGAAAACAAAAAUACCUUACUCAUGAUACAAGAUUUGUACACUUAUGUAGAUAGUCGACACCAUGUUCAGAGACUGUAUGAACUUUUGGAGCCAAUUGAAAGGCCGUCUGCCUUGGUGUCAUCUUCGAGGUAUCCGCAUGCAGAGCAAGAAGAAGACUGGCUAGAGAAUUUCGACUAUUACGAAAAGCCAUAUCAGGAGGCGCCGCUGGGUUUAUUUUAUCAUAAGGAUUAUAUGACCGAUGCAGACGUCGGAGCGUUGCUUUGCCUGAAGCAGCUACGCUACAGCAGCUUUAACCCGCCUACAGGGAACCGCCGGCUAAAUGGUGAUUUUUUUUAUUUGGACGUGGUGACAUUAGAAUCUAAGGAGGCCGUCAUUGUCGCGAGUCCGAGUGGGUUUUAUGUCUCGAAGUGCGACAGGGACCACUUCGACCCAACUCCUGCAGACGAACCGCAUCAUAGCAAGUUAUUGUCUGAUUGUUUGUCGUUUUUGUCUUGCUCAUUUAAAAAAAAUUUUCAGCAACGAAUUAAUUAUCAACUGAAUUCGAGCAUUUACGAAAUAGCAGCGCCUUCUUUUCCCUGCAAUCCCUGGUUGGCUCCAAGGAGUUCCCGUAGCUAUGAUAUACAGCGCGCAGAAAAGGAUUUGCUCCUCAAUUCGGUGAUUGAGUUUGGUGCCAACAACAAAUAUCGAAGUUGGAACGAUGAGUUUCAGUCGGCUCUGGACAUGCCGGUUGGGACCGUUCAAGAAAUUAUUGACAGAGACUAUACAUUGCAACGCAUUCAUUGCGAUUUUGUCGAAGUCGCUACGCAGGGGGCAGUGGCCAUUGUUGAAGGAAAGGUCCAGGCCAUAAACGUGUACGACUCGCAGAUCAAUAGGGCUUAUAUAUAUAGUGACAUCUUCUACAGUCAGGCUGUUGACCCGGUUGGAAUGUGUGAUGAUGAGACUUUUUCGAAAGUUAUUAACGUCAAUCUUCUCUGCCUGAAGAAUUUUUAUUCGGUCGAUCCGCCUGACCUCCGAUCUUUAAACAUGGCCAUCAUCGACUACCGAGGCUUUCGCCUUGUUGCGCAAACAAUUAUCCCCGACAUUUUUGAGGGCCUGCUAGCCGGUGAGGAGGUCGUCACCUACGGAAAGCUAGAAGCGAUUCAUUGUGAUCCAGAAUUCCACCGACGAUUGGGCCAGGUCGCCGCACAAUUCCAUCUAAGAGAGCAUCAAGUAUCCGUUCGUGUGGGCGAUGAACCGUCGCCUGUGUAUAAGCUGUGGACCAGUUGCGAUGUCAAGGGGAUCGUUGACAAAAACAACCGCUACUAUUUGAUUGAUUUGGCCUACAUGCUGCCUCGCGAUUACAACUACAGGAACAGCGCCUAUUCAAACGCGGUCUACCGUCCGGAAUUGAUUCAGCAGUAUAUCUAUUCCCACGGAGUUCCCUCUUCUGAUAAGCAAUCGGCCGCGGACAACGAAUCGGACGCCUCCAAGCAAGCUGAAGGCGACUCUAAAGCGUCCGCACAGAACGGCCACGAGAAGUUGGUGUUCCCGGACUAUCGCUUCAACAUGGAUCUUUACGUCAACAACGUGAACUUGGAAGACAGUCAAGAAGAGCUAGACAAGGAUGUGGAGCUAAACAAGGAUAUAGGUGAGUAUUUGAUGGCUAAGGCAAUCGCCUUGGCCAUCGCCGCCUGUAACCAUUCCACUAACAUACAAGGCGGCCUAUAUCCAAUCAAGGAGAUAUUGCAUGAGUGCGGUGUGAACCUGAGGUAUUUAGGCUACUUGACGAACUUGGCAGCUUCGAAGGCGCCCGCUCACGUGAAUGCGCUGGUAAGCGAAAUGAUCGUUCGCUCGGCCAAGACUCUGUUCAGGCGCUUUAUUCGCUCUGCUCCUGAAAACCAACUCGCUUGCCGCACCGCCGAGUUCUUGAACGCCUUAUUCCAAAGGCCCAGCGAAGCCGAACUGUCAAAUAUUUCUUCAGAUGUAUCCCCUCAGCCAUUCACUGCUGACUCCGCGCCCUCGCGAGCUGCGCUUUGGACGCAAAUUUACCGCCUGGUCAAGUCCAAAUACAGAUACGACUUGCCUGUCCCUGUCGAUGAAACUUUCUUUAUAACCGCCAACCUUCGUUCUUUUUGCUUAAGUUGCGGCAUCGCGCUCAGAGCUCGCUCUUACAACUUCGAAGAUGCUGAGCAUAUCUUCUUUUCAGAGGACAUCCACCAACUGCUGCCGGUCGUCAAGCACGUUUCACCAGUAUCGGGUUAUGGAGAUAGCAUUCUUUCAUUCAGCGAAAAAGCCUCGAGAACGGACCAUCAACUUGCCUACAACCUGCUUCAAGAAGUUCACUUCAUCUUCCACCAAAUCUACGGCCCGGUUCACCCUCUCACAGCCCACUACUUCUUACAACUAUCGAAUCUCGCCUACAGCUCGGACAAACGCGAAUGUGCAUACGAAUACUCAAAGAGGGCCGUACAAAUUUGCGAACAAGUGAACGGCCUAGACCACGCCAUCACUGCCUGCGCCUACGAUUCGUUGGCGCGCAUCUCACUUUCGCUCUCAAAACACGAAGAGGCGCUGAACUACUCCAGACGGGCACUCUAUCUGAAGCUGAUCAACACAGGGGCGAAUUAUCUCCACUACGCUAGAAUGUACUCGGAAUUAAUAUUUUUGCUAUCUGAGCUUCAGAAGUUUGACAGUGCGUCGCGCGUGCUUCACAACUUGCUUGAGUGCAUGGGACGCAGGCUGGGCGGCCCUCCACUCGACGACCGGAGCUUCGCUCUCCCCUUCACCGCCGAUGCGAAGCACACCAGUAUCUACCUCAACCUUGCAAACGUCUAUCACAUGAUGGCCACGGUCGAACACAAGAAAGGCAACUACGCCAAGGCUCUGUCGUACGAAAUGAAAAACUACAACAUUUUGACUUCCGUAGGCUUGAAGGAAACGGACGCCGAUGUGUUGUACGCAAACGCGUGGCUAACAGCAUUGACAAAAAAGGCGGUCAGUGCCGGAAAAGGCAGACCUCUCACUAAAGACGAUAAGCUCGGAGAGCGCCAAACGCAAUCCGAGUCCUCUAACGUAGCACAAACAGGCCGACGAAACAGGAAAAAAAAUAAAACGAAGAAAUAAGGUAGAGCAUAUUUCACUCCAAGAAUCACGUCGUGGGUUUAGAUUUCCAAAUCACCAUCAACCUGCACCGCUAGACACGACAGUGUCAGCUCGAGCGUCUGAAUGAUUUGUCAUAUCGAGGAGCGUCUGAAACAUGCAACACCUUCCGCGAAGCUGUCAAUGCCAGGUAGCCCUCAACCGCGGUAGAAAGCACGGUUUAGCUCAGAUUUUGAACAUGACAAAAUAGUUCGACGGCCAGUGAAAAAAUGCUUCGAAGGCAAGCUGUUUUGUACACAAGCGUGGAACCCGCUUUAAUCUGCACCAACUCGAUCGCGCUUCUCUAGUCAGACAGCUCGUUGCAUCCUCUCGUCCUCCGCUGCUUUUAGCCACAAAUCGCAUGCGCGCUGUCAGAAAUGUGAUUUGGUCGACAAAGCUGUCUGCAAUCGUAGUCAGUGCUUGUGUUUUUGAAAGCAGAUCCUCAUACAUUUUUCUCAAAAUUUAACGUCUAACCUGCAAGAUAAGCGCAACAAAUUGUGUCGUUAUUUUGAGAUAAUUUUAUGUUGAUAGGGACGUUAUUUGUGUUCGAACAGGCGCAUAAACCGAGCUACAUCGUCUCGGCUAAUAGCUAAGACCGGGUGUUUGGCUCAAAACCGUUUUUAGCAAGCGCAGAUGCAUUGACAAUCCUUUGGCACGAUUGGUUUCGUCAGUCGUGAUAGAAAAAAAACAAUUCAUUGAACCUUGGACAGCGCUAAAAAGGUGAUUUGUUUUUUCGAACUCAGGGUGUCUUGGUCGUAGAGUAUAGACAGUAUGCAAUGUUUUUACCAUCAGGUACUGGCUAUUCGCGUAUGGACCAGCUCCCGGGGCUGCGAAUUCAGUCGUGCCGGUGAAAUUUCUUAUCAAUUUGGAUCAACCCAUUUUUUGUCGAUCGUACUUCUAUCGAGUUGUAGCUAAAUUAUUUUCAAACAUUA